GCGGCGAUGCUUUGCGCCCAGCGCCGAGGAGACGCUGUGCCCAAGCUAUUUCACUAUCUUUCAAAAGAUAAGAACAAGGAAGAAAUACAAGCGAUGUUUCUUUCAUUCAAGCACGCCAUCAACAUAACCUGGCUAUUUUUUGGACUACCUAAUUGCAUUCCAGCCUCACUUGGCCUCGUCGAUAAGCUCGGAGAAUACGGGAUUACUAUUAGCAGUGGCACUUUGCUGAGCCGUUGGAAACUCAGAAGUCACACAAAUGAUGGCGGACUACUUUCCGGAAACUUGUACAUGGAUUCACAUGUAACCAACGCAGCUGUAUUUGGCUUUCUGAUCGGUCGAUCUGAUCAAGUUCAGAGCCUGAAACUAAGUGAAAUUGUAAUUGCAGGGACAAUUUGUGUAAUGGGUGCAACCAGACAAGCCAAAAGUCACGUCAAGGGCUCCAUUGGGCUGGGAAUCUCGGUGGCAACUGUCGAGAAAGUAUCCAAGGUU